AUGUUUAAAAAUUUCAAUUUAAUAUUUCUUUUCGUAUCUUCACCAGACAAGGAAAAACGCAGCCUCCAUUUUCUCUCGUCGCCUCCUCAGGCGAUUCCCGAUUCCUCGCCGUUGAUUGCUCGCCGCCGACUUCCAUCAUCGGAUACCGUCGCACCACAGCACCGGAGACCGUCGCACACCACAGAUACGAUUCAGUCUCUAAGUAUGACAGUGUUAAAGAGAUACGUGCUAAGGUUAUUCAUGUCAUUGAAAUACGUUACUGCAAACAUAGUGGACAGGAACAAUGGCAGAAUAGUUGCAACAGCUUCAACAGUUGAACAAUCUAUAAAAACAUCACUUGAAUGUGGUAGAACAUGUAAUGCCAAAGCUGCAACAGUUGUGGGUGAGGUGUUGGCUAUGAGGCUAAAGGUAGAAGGUCUUGAAUCUGGUCAAGGAAGAGGCAUUCAUGUAGAUGUCAACAAAGAACUUGAGAAAAAAGAUUUUAAGAACAGAACAAAGGUCUGGGCUGUUAUCAAUUCCCUCAAGAACAAUGGAGUCAAACUCAUACUUGAUGAGACUAAUGACACUUCAAAGCCAGGUUAUUAAAUCUAUAUUCGUUAUUACUCAUUUAACUUGGUGAUGUUUUGUAUGUAAGAUGGGAAACUAUAUUUGGGUUUUGAAUGGCAUUUUCCAUGUCAUCUUAUAAAGAAAAAGC